AUGCCCAAUUCUUUUACCACAAGCUUCGCCUCUGCUGCGGCAGGCACAUCCUCAGAUAACAUGAACCGAAGAGACGGAGGGACCGACUGGUCAAGACCUCGUGUUAAUGGCACGCAGACCUUCCGAAGACCAUCGACCCAAUCCCGUGACAACUUACAAUUAGCCACUUCCUCCGCAGCCGGACCGUACAUUCCUCCACACCUGAACCAGCAAGCAAAUGUUUCUAGAAAUGGCGCGGCAACAGAUGUGCGCUACACACGCGACGAGAUGCUGGGCAUCUUCAAAACACAGCACGAUAACGGUGCAUUGGCGAGUGAUCUUCCUCGAGUAUUCGCAGGACCUUGGGAUCUCUCCAACGGCAUCCUGCACAAGCCAGAUAGUGAGAAGACAGGCGCAGAAAUAUGUUGGAAUAGUCAGCCUACUUCAUUGCCCUUAGGCUUGGAAGAUAUGACCGAAGAAGAGAAACAGAGCUUCACCACAUCCGUUAAUUCACCACUUAAAUUGAACAACCCGAAAGACGGCCAGUCCUCCAACCCUGGUGCGCGGAAAACUUCUCUGUCCAUGGUCAAUACUUCUGGAGGGUCGCGACCGGGGGUUCGACGUCGUGAGACGAGCGAUUCGUUCGCUGGAAACGGGCCACUUUCACCCACGGAAAACAAGACUUUUCGACUGGACGCUGCUACAAAUACCCCUCCUCCGGCUCUCCUACGACGGCGUACAGACCUACAAGAGGAGUCGCAAGAUAAAGAUGAGCCACGAUCGGUGCAAGACAACACUUCGCCCUUUGGCACUCUACGAAGAUCGGGCACCGCUGGCCCUCCUAGCGCAGGCUUAAAUCCCCCUUUGGCUUCUCCGUGGUCGACUUCUGGACCGCAAUCAGCUUUUGGCGCCAUGGGUGCGUUCAUCAACCAUGGCUCUGAUCACCCAUCUGGCCAUGAUCCGUCGGCACAGCGACCAGCUUUUGGUAGUGUUAGGAGCACUAGUCGAUUCAAAGACAUUCUGGGUAAAGCCAACGAGGAUAUGACUCCCUCGGUAAAAGAGAAAGCGUCUUUCAAUGGUUUGGGAAAGUUGUCUGAGGAGGACGAUAAUAUCCAAUCACAAUCGCACGACCAGAUCCGAAAUCGACCUGCUCGCAGUGAGACGAACCCCUACGGCGAAGAUGCCAUGCCUGCAAGGACUGCAAGUACUGGCCUCAGUGCUCAUGAUGACCCUGGCGUCAUGCAGCAGAUGGGCUUCAAUCCAUUUCCUUCGUCUCGAGAUGUGCAAUCUGUUCAAACUCCUCACCACCGAUUCAAUCCCGAUCCAGCAAGUCCAACGAGCACGAAUCCGUACCAGAGUCCACAAGGAGGCCGCAUACCUGACGAUGAAGGUCAAGAAGGGCCUAAUCUGUCGCAACCUUAUGGCAGGCGAGACGUUUUCUCUGGCGCCGAACAUCGUGGUCAAAAUUCUUUUGGCUCGUUAAGGGGUCUUGGAGGUGGCAUGGGCGGUUUGGGUGGUUGGACAAAUCCUGGCUUUGGCACGGGAACUCCUGGUCGCGAUAGACCUGCCGUAUCAUCUGCCUUUGGUGAUUCAGUCUUCAGUCCUUUGAGUGACCUUCAGUCUCCGGGCGCAUUUGGCGGCAAUACCUUUUUUGGUUCGGGCUUUGCUGGCCCGAGUCGGCAAAGCAAGCUUGGUCUUCCAUUUCCACCAGCAAUGCAAGAACAAAUGAGGUCUGAUAGUCGGAACGAUGCCUUUGGUGGUCGUCCGGAUCCAUUCGAGCCUCCCCGUCAGGACAGCGCAUUCCGUGCUGCAUUCGAAGGAAUGGAAAGACCUGGAGAGGACGCUUUUGGUCAGAUUGUUCCGAACAGGUCUCCUGUUGGUCCUCCAGGACGCUCGAGUUCAGGUGGUCCGGCUGAAGGUAGUGGCUCCAGCUCACCCAAUGGAAUUCCCACGGCUCAACAGCGCCAAAUGGUUAUGCCAGAUCGAAUGCGAUGGGUCUACCGUGACCCUCAUGGCAAUGUUCAAGGCCCUUGGUCAGGGCUGGAGAUGCAUGAUUGGUUCAAGGCAGGCUUCUUCACGGCAGAGCUGCAAGUCAAAAAGCUUGAAGAUGCCGAGUAUGAGCCGUUGGCACAGCUUGUGAGGCGCAUUGGCAACAGUCGAGAGCCCUUCCUCGUACCACAGAUAGGUGUCCCACACGGUCCACCAGCUUCAGGUGGCAACCCUUGGUCUGCAGGUCCAACUGGCUCGGCUCAACCACCAUUUGCUAGUGCUUUUCCGAGCUUUGGAACCACUCUGACUGCCGAACAACAGAACGCUCUUGAGCGGCGAAAGCAGGAGGAACAGUUCCUCAUGGCUAGACAGAAGGAAUAUCUAGCACAGCGGCAGAUUCAGAUGAACGGUCCCCCUCAUGGCCCGCCUGGGGCCUAUAUGCCAGGACUCGUCCAUCACUCCAGCGCACACUCUCUGCACAGUCAGCCUAGUUUUGGUAGCAUUACCUCACCCGUUGGCUUUGCUCAGCCUUCACCACUGCCAGCUCCUAUCGGACAGCCACCGCAUUCUGCUAAUGCUUUCCGUAGUAUGACACCCACGCAGUCUCACGACGAUCUCCAAGCGGGUUUCAGUCGUUUGGGUCUUGACAACCGAGGCCCAUACAGCAACCUGAACCAGCAAUCGUUUGCUGCUCAUGAGCGCAACAGGCUCUCUAUGGAGAGUCAACAAGGUCAACAGUUCGCACAUGAGACGACUUUUUUAGGCCAGCAGGGUCGCAACGAGCGUUUGGACGAGUUCCGCGAGCUCCGCCAGGAUUUCGACGAGGAUGAACUCGAGGACGAAACACUACCAGCACCUAUCGGUAGUCAACGUGAUUCCAAGGAAGUUGCGACCCUCAGACAACCACCUGCUCCUGUCGGUGGAUCCAGUACAAAACCUGCGGACAAUAAUGAGCCAUUAUCUCUUGCACAGCAAGUACAACGAACUGCGGCUGCGCAAGCCGAAGUGAAGGAGAACUCCUACAUAGAGUCACCACCAGUCUCAAUAUCACCACUUCCUGCACCGGCUGCGCAACGAUCGAGACCACAAACAGUGGCGGAGCAACUUGCAGCCGAGUCACGCUCCACCACUCAGACUCCUGCUGAGACAUCGAGUGCCUCUAUUGCGCCAUGGGCAGACAAGACCGCAGAAGCCUCCAGAGGACCGUCUCUUAGGGAGAUACAGGAGGCCGAGGCCGAACAAGCAGCUAAGCGGGAAGCUAUUCGACUUGCUGAGGCUAAACGCGCAUUCCUGGAGCAAGAGCGUGCGGCAGCAACACAGGUCGUACCGCCAGCACCUGGACUUCCCGCCACAUCUAACUGGGCAACAUCAGGUUCACCUGGAACUCCUACUACGCCUGGUGGAAGUGUCUGGAGUGCCAAGCCGAUUCCUGCUAAGACAGCUUCCGCCUCUGCCGCCAAGAAGACAAUGACCCAAAUCUUGAAAGAGGAGGAAACCCGAAAGCAGCGACAACUCGCAACGCAAUCGCCGACAGCCACGACUCCUGCUGUACCUGCAUCGAGCGGCAAGUACGCUCAGAUGGUAAGCAAAGUAACACCUCCUCAGAACGUGUUCGGUAGCGGACCAGGUCAGCAGCAGCAAACCCAAGCAGGAGGUGCAAGUGCCUGGACCACAGUCGGGGCUAGCGGAAAGCCUAAAACACCUGCUACUGUGGUUGCAGCCCCUGCUGUCACACGAACAACCAGCACUUCUACAAUUCCACUAUCACGACCUCUUGCUACUUCACGCAGCACCAGUAUUGCUGGUGGCACCAAGAAUCAAGCCAAAGAAGAACUAGUCAAGUGGGCAAAAGCAUCUCUCAGCAAAGGUCUCAAUCCCGGAACCAAUCUUGAUACUCUGGUGUCGUCCUUGUUUGAGCUUCCAGCUGAAGUCGACCUUCUAGCCGAAGCUGUAUACGGAGUCACUCAGUCGCUCGAUUGGAGAAGGUUUGCCGAGGAAUUUAUCCGCAGACGAAAACUGGCCGACCGUGGCAUAAUCGAAGCAGAUGGCAGCAAGCAGGCAGAGAGCAAGUCCAGUAACAACGGUUGGAGCGAAGUCGCCAAGAAGGGACCUGCACCUGCUCAACAGCAACAGAAGGACGAUGGUGUAGCUGGCUUCAAAGUGGUCCCCAGCAAGAAGAAAGGAAAACGCUAA